AUGGGUACUUCUUCAAGUCCAAAAGACUCUUCAAUUCUUUAUAGUCCACUUUCAUCUCCUAAUGUUGGUGCCUUGCUUAAAAUCAAGAUCCUUUCAUGGAGUCAAGAAACUGGUUUACCUGUCACAAUUCGAGUUCGGAUAGCUGAUAGAACCUUUAACUUGCAUAAGCACCCCUUGUUCUCGAAAAGCGGAUACUUCAGAAGACAACUGAAUGAAUCAAAUGAGGUUGAAUUACCAAGAAAUUUCCCUGGAGGAGCAGAGACUUUUGAAAUGAUGGCACUCUUCAUCUAUGGAUCCUCCACGUUAGUCGACCCUUUCAACGUUGCAGCGCUAAGAUGUGCAGCAGAGUACCUUGAAAUGACAGAAGAGUACAUCUCUGGCAAUCUUUGUGAGCGUUUCGACAUAUAUUUGAACCAGGUUGUGCUGCAAAGCUGGGAUGAUACUCUGAUAGUACUCCAAAAAUGCCAAAUGUUGCUUCCUUUGGCUGAGGAGCUGCUGAUUGUUAGCCGUUGCAUCGAGUCACUUGCCUUCUUGGCCUGCAUGGAAAUUCUUGAUCCUGAAAGGAGAAGAGACCAUCCAGUUGUUACAUUAGACGCCUUAGCUAGUCAGCCUUGGAGUAAUGAGACAGUUAAGGCUAUUCUCAGCCAAGAUUUGUGGAUUAAAGAUCUCAUCGCUCUGCCAUUUCCAUUCUUCAAGAGGAUAAUAUCAUCUCUGAGAAGACAAGGGAUGAAGGAAAAAUAUGUCAGCCCCAUAGUUCUUUUCUAUGCAAACAAAUGGGUACUUUCUAGAAAAACUCACCAGUAUUGGCAGGACGCUAGGAAGGAUGGAAAAGCUGACAAUGACGUUGAGGAUGAUGACGCUGAUGAUACUAAUGAAAAGGUUUCCAAGAUUCUUCAAGGGAUUCUUGAUUUGCUCCCUAUGGGAAAGAAAGCGAGUAAAGUAAUCCCCGUUGGAUUUUAUUUCUCUUUGCUUUCAAGAUCACUUCAACUUGAUUUAACAAGUGAAAGUAGGGAAAAGUUGCAAGAUCAGAUUGCGUCCCUACUAUACUUGGCUCGAAUGGAAGAUUUCCUCCUUCCGGAUAGCAGCAAUGACUCCAUUUCUUCCUGCAUUGAGUUAUCAGUAAUGAAGAGCAUAUUUUCAAAAUAUGUGUCCUUCAACAUGGAGUUAACUCAUACACCUUCACCAAGAAACUACAUCGUCGCUGAACUUUGGGAUGUAUAUCUAACCAAGAUAGCCACUGAUCCACAAUGGAGUUCGAAAAGAUUCUUAGAGCUCAUUGAAACUGUUCCAAUGUCCAGCAGGCAAACGCACGAUCAUCUCUAUAGAGCUUUAAGCACUUUUCUCAUGGCACAUCCAGAUAUGUCACAAGAAGAGAAAGGAUUGGUGUGCAAAUACCUCAAUUGCCAGAAACUUUCGCAAGAAGUGUGCAUUGAAGCAGUUCAAAAUGAAUUGAUGCCGUUGAGACUUAUUGUCCAGGCGCUGUUUGUUCAGCAACUAAACACACAGCAAGCUUUUAAAGAAUGUUCAGACUCGUUCCGAUAUGCUCAAUGUGGAGAGUACUCUGGAAGCCUCUCAAGUACAAUAUAUCCAAAUUCCAAAAGCCAGAAUUUGGUUGAGAGUCCAUGUAUGGAGGGAAGUGAAGGAGGCAGUAAAACACUAAGCUUCUUGUUAAAAGAUUCAGCAGUGCAAAGGUCCGAAUUCUCAAGGAAGGAAUAUGAAUCCACGAGCUUCAGAAUCCAAAACCUUGAAGAAGAAUUGAUGUCCUUGAAGAAAACGCUUCAACUGCAGCACAUAUCUAAGCAAACAGAAACCAUCUCCAAGAAAGUUGAACCAGUUUCCGCAGAUUUUCAAAGCUUGAAACCAUAUGGUCUAGAGGGAAGAACACCAACCAAGAAGAGCGUUGGACAAGUAACUAGUUGCAUUGGUUCUGUGAAUUUUUCUUCCCAAAAACGAUAUGCUACUAGGUUACUUAAGAUUUUCCGGAGGAUAACUUUGUUUGGCAGAGGAAAAUCAAGAAAAAAGCAAGGUGGAAAUGGCCUUAGGCCAAAGAUAUUGAACUUUUAA